AUGGAGUGCAAGAAUAAUAACGGGCAGAUAGUGUUGCCUAUAUUCUACAAAGUGAAACCAGCUGAAGUGCGAUAUCAAAUCGGGAGGUUUGGAGAGGCAUUUCAUAAGCGUGAGAGUCGUUUACGUGAGAGGUCUUCUUUUUGUAUUUUUUGGUCGAAAGAGGUCUUCUUUCGACCAGCGACUACUUUGGAGAAAUGGAAGAAAGCACUCGAUGAAGUCAGCACCUUGAAAGGAUACGAAACCCAAGGGUCUGAAGUAGAGUUGGUGAAAUUGAUCGUCCGAAAAGUGUUGAACGAACUAAAGAAAAAGUUUCAGUUGGUCAUUUCUAAGAAUUUGAUCGGAAUUGAUGUUCAUGUGAAGAAGGUUAUGGAAUUUGUGGAUAAUAAAUCUCAUGACACCCUAUUUAUUGGCAUCCACGGAAUGGGAGGCAUUGGUAAGACUACGCUUGCUAAAGCCAUCUACAAUAAGCUCUUCGAUCAAUUUGAGCAUCAUAGCUUCAUUGCUGAUAUAAGGGAAUCAUGGAAGCAUAAUGGUGUACAUUAUUUACAAAAUCGGUUAAUCUAUGAUAUAUUGAAGCAAAAAGAUGAAGUCGAUACUAAGGAUGAAGGGAUUGAGUUCAUCUCCUCCAGGUUUAAGUGUAAAAAGGUCCUUGUUCUUCUUGAUGAUGUGGAUGAUGUCAAUCAGGUGAAGUGUUUGGCUGGUAAUCAUGAUUGGUUUUCUUCGGGAAGUAGGAUCAUUAUUACCACCAGAAACAAGGGGGUUCUUGAAGAAGCUAGGGUAGACUACAACCAUGAACAUGAGGUACUAGAUGGCAAUCAAUCUUUGAUUUUGUUUAGCAAACAUGCAUUUCGAAAGAACUCUCCUCCAGAGAAAUUUGAGGACCUCACUCGUGAAGUCGUAUCCAUCAUCAACGGGCUUCCCUUAUCCCUUGAGGUUUUAGGUUCACUUUUGUGUGGGAAAGAGCAAGCAUUUUGGAGAGGUAAAAUAGACAAGUUAAAAAAAGUGCCUCCUAAGGAAGUGCAAGAGAAGUUAAGGAUAAGUAUUGAAGCAUUGGACUAUCAGCAAAAACAAAUAUUUUUGGAUAUUGCUUGCUUUUUCAUCGGCAGUAAGAGGAAUAUCGCAUCCUACAUGUGGAAUGCCUGUGAAUUUGUCCCAGAGGAGGGGAUUGAAGUAUUGAUAUUCAUGUCAUUAAUAAAAGUUGGAAAUGAUAAUAAGCUCAGAAUGCAUGACCAAUUGAGAGAUCUUGGUAGGGAAAUAGUUCGUGAAGAAAACCAACGAGAGCCUUGGUGCCGUAGUAGGUUAUGGGACUAUGAUGAAGCUCAAAAAGUGCUAAAGGAAAAUAAGGUAACUAUUUUCGUUUCUUUUUCUCAUUUAGUCCAUGUUCUACGCUUAAGAGUAAUGUUGGUCACUACUUAGUGCUUGGUCUAGUGGACUGAGAACCUUCACUAUUGCCCUCGAAUGUUUCAUUGACGUGAUUAGAAAGUAGGGAGUUGCUCUCUCAUAGAAAGAAUUUCCUUUUAUGAUUUUUCUGUCAUAUAUUAAUAUUCCCUACCACAUGAAAUUAAGUGUACAUUGCAAUAUAUAUACAUAUUAAAUCUCUUGUUUGAUAUAUUAAUUAGUAAAAUCUUGUAUUUCACGUAUAACUUUUUCACUUGAUAAAUGGCCCUCUUCGCUGAAAAUCUUUGUUUCUCUUUCGAGAUGACUUUCACGAUUUUCAUGUUCUUGUAUUAUGUUAAAUCAAUACUUUUAAUAAAAACCACUUCCUAUAGAGUUUUUUUUUUUUUUCCAGCCAGGUUACUUAACAGGUACUCCCAAAAUACCUUUCAGACAAAAUCUACAGGCUGAAGCAAAGGGCGAGAUAGAUUGCUCGCCACAACUAAUAAAAAAUCAAAAGUAAAUAUCUUGCUCUCCCGUCAAAAGAUCAAAUAAUACUCAGAUUCCAGAAAACUAUUAAAAAAAAAUCAUGCAUAAUUCAGCGUGUCGACAAGUUUCACG